AUGGCGUAUCUCUGGGGUCCUCGAAGGGCUUUACGUCUCGCGGCGGUGCUUGCGACGACUGCUUCAGCCACAUAUAUCAGACCGAAUAUCCUGCUCGAGAGAGCCGAUAGCACCUGUGCCGCAGACUUUACGAAAUGCGCAUUAUCAGGGCUGCCAGAAAACUUCUGCUGCGAACCGGAUACGACGUGUAUAGCCCUGGCCGGCAACACGACGGUAUUAUGCUGUCCGAAAGGCAAGACUUGUAACAAGAUAAAUCCCAUAACAUGCGAUCUUGCGUUACAAGAUCCUGCCACAAAUCCCGAGGCCGAAAUCAAGACGACGGCACUGGAUGGAAUUCUUGAGACGUGCGGGACGGGAACUUGCUGCCCAUUUGGUUAUCAUUGCGAUGGUACGAUAUGUGUGAAGAACACCGAUCAGAGUCAGAAGCCGGAAACAAAACCGAGCUCCAUAAGCACGUCUGUACCAACUUCUACUUCCUCACCUGCCUCGGCAUCCAAGACAACGACGGUGGCUGUAAGUGAGAUAACGUCCGCCACACCACCUCCCACGUCGCCCACAGCACCUACCGCUCCAGAUACCGAGCCGACCGACGAACCAACUAGCGAGCCGGUUACUGAGGCACCAGCACCGUCAACAACGGGCACGGCUGAUACCGUGAAAAUUGUCGGGGGAGUCAUAGGAGGUGUUGUUGGCUUCGUCUUCAUAAUCCUAGCCGUCAUUUUCGCGCGGUACAAGCGUAAGAAGCAACUCCAGAGGCGGGAGCAAUUGCAGCGCCACGACUCUACGUCAUCCUUCGGCAACAUUAUCAGUGCGCCUGUGCCUCAUGCUAAGUAUCCGAACGAACGCAUAGACUUUCUAGCGAAGCAGCCCCAGUCCAGUUCGCCUCGGAGCUUCACGCCGUCGUCUCCGACGGCCGUAGCGUCGCCCGGUAGUCAUCGGAAGCCCGAUGAGGGAUAUGGCGGUUUAGGGUUUAUGCCGCCGAACUCGCCCUACUCGCCGUAUGCACGGCGCCCGGAUAGUGAGAUGUCAGACGUACCACGCAGCUACCAUGCCUCGGCCGAGAUAGGUGGGCUCCGGAGCUUAACAGGCUGGAAUACGCAUCAGCAGAACGGCGGCGGGAAUAUUAACAAUUAUUCUCCCGUCCCGGCACCUCUAGUCACCCUAACACCCGCACGGGAUGGUACUAUAAAGGGAAAGGGGAAGAACAAAGGGAAGGGCAAAGAAAGGGCUCGAGGCAACGAAGAUGAAGACAUGAGUAUUAAUAUCUUUGCGGACCCGCGCACGGUGGCAGAUGGCAGGCCAGAUAGCUCCGUGACGACGUGGUCGAAUAUCCAGCAGCGGGCUGAUAAUAAUGGUAAUGCGACGCCGGUCAGGGGGCAGACAAGGUUGGGAGACGAACUCCCGAGAUGGAGGUGA